GACUCGGCCAACCGUUCUCCCACGACAAGAGCUGUGUCUAUAAAUAUAGAAAGUCUCUAAACCUAAGUUUUCAUCAAUAUAUCAAUAUAUUAUUUUUACAAAUCAUAGAUAUACAUAUAUAGAUCAGAGAGAGAGAAUAUAAGUAUAUAUAAAGUUAAUUAGACAUAUAUGGGUGAAACCGUAGUAGGGAUGGAUAUGGAGUGUAACAAAGAUUUUUCAGCUAGCUAUAUGCUAUUGAAACCUGAAGAAGUGGGGUUUUUUGAUUUGAUGCACAUAUUAUUUUCGAGUGAUAUGGAGAAAAGGAAGUUCGUUGAUUCUUCGAGUGCCACUGAGGAAAGUUUUGGGCGCCGUUGGAUCAUAUUUCUCUCCAUUGUUGCCCAAAAGACUCUCAGCUUUGUGUCCAAGCCACUCGCCACUCUUGGAUCUGCCAUUGAAAUGGGCUUGAAUCUCUUGUCCAGUAAUGGCAAUUUCUUUAACCUCAUUUAUAAUUCUAUUCGAGGAAGAGUUGUUAUUCCGGACAAAGAAUCAGCAGAUUUCUUUUCCUUUAUUGGAAAUUUGGACAAGAGACCAGAGCUUGAUUCUAACAUAAAACAUGGAGAUGUACGGUACAAUGCAGCUCUUUCCAUGAUGGCUUCAAAGCUCUCCUAUGAAAACCAACCUCACAUCCAAAACACUGUUACUCACACAUGGAAGAUGGAAUUCGUGGGAUUUUAUGACUACUGGAACGAUUAUCAAGGAAAAGCCACAACACAAGCGUUUAUAAUGCGAGACAAAGGUGAAGAUCACGACACCAUUGUAGUGGCGUUUAGAGGAACAGAACCAUUUGACUCUGACGCGUGGAGCUCUGACGUGGACAUCUCAUGGUACGAGAUUGAAGGAGUUGGAAAAAUCCACGGUGGCUUCAUGAAAGCCCUAGGCUUACAAAAGAGCGUAGGUUUUCCUAAAGACCUAGACACAAACAGCGAACUCAACCUAGCAAGACCAAAACCCUUAGCUUAUUACGACAUAAGAGAAAAGCUAUACACUCUUUUGAAGGAAAACGACAAAACUAAGUUCAUCCUAACCGGACACAGUUUGGGUGGGGCCCUCGCCAUUCUCUUCCCUGCGGUUCUUUCAAUUCACGAUGAUAAAUGGUUACUUCGGAAACUUGAAGGAGUCUACACUUUUGGUCAACCUAGGGUUGGAAAUCACACCUUUGGAGAUUACAUGAAAAAUGAAAUGGUUGAACAUGAUAUUCGUUACUUUAGAUUUGUUUAUGGUAAUGAUUUGGUCCCUAGGCUACCUUACGAUGACAAUGCCCUUAUGUUUAAGCAUUUUGGCACGUGCGUAUAUAGUAACAGACACUACCAAGCUAAGAUAGUAGCAGAGGAGCCAAACAAAAACUAUUUCUCACCACUGAAGGCAAUACCAAUGAUGGGAAAUGCUAUUGGAGAAUUAGUGAGAAGCUUCACUAUUCCAAGGAGUAUGGGUCCUGAAUAUAGAGAAGGUGGUUUUUUGAGAUUGUUUAGGGUAAUUGGUUUGGUCAUUCCAGGAGUACCAGCUCAUUGUCCUCAAGAUUAUGUUAAUGCCACUCGCCUAACCUCUCCAGAUAUUUUUCUACCACCUAAGGAAUCCAAUGCUACUACUUCACAUACUAAAAUUCAAUAAGGAAUAAAUUAGUUAAUCUUUAUUUAUUUAUUUAUUAUAUUCAUAUUAUUAUGUAUAUUAAUAUAUGUGAUAAUAAGCUAUCUCGAUCUGUUCUUAAUAAUUAGUGUAAUAAUAUUUAUCAAUGUAAUAUGAAAGCAUAAUGAAGCCCAUAUUAACAAA